CUUAUUUUAUUUAUUAUUAUAAUUUAUUAGUGAAUACGUGUAAAAUACCAAUAUGAAAAUAAUAUAUCAUUCAGUAUUUAAGUCAGUAAUAUUAAACAUUUAAACAAAAUAAUAAAAUAUUAAUUAUUGUAAAUGAAAAAUAAAGGCUGUGAAAAUAAUAACUAAUUUAUCAAACUCUUGUGAACUUCUGAACUAACUAACUACCUAUUUGGAUAUAAAAUAAUAUGCAACAACAUAAUGCUGCACAAGUACAAUCUAACAAUUUGGAUACACAACAGAACAAUGAUAGUGAAGUAGUUAAACCAAACCAGAUAUUAAAUGGAACUCAAGUAUUACCUGAUGAUAGGCAAUUUCAUCCUAGUAAAACUAUGCAUGAAAUGACACCAGGCCCAAAAAAAUAUCAAAAUAUUAAAAAGUCACCUGAUAAAGAACCAAAAUUUGUUCCCUAUGAGCCUUACAAGGCAGCAGUUCGUUCAAUAGUCCCAGAGUUAGGUAAACCUUCAGCAGCCAUAUUUAAAAGAAGACUGUCGACUGCAUCUAAUUGCAGUAAAGUAUCGAAUGUAACUGAAGAUAAAGAAGAUGUGAUAAGUAUGCUGACUCAAGAAAAACAAAAUCUAGAAGAAGAGAUCGAUAAACUUAACAUACAGUUAGCUAAUAUGGAUCUCCAAAUGGGCUCGCAGGCACAAGUUAAUAACGAACUUAAAAGUAUGCUUGUUGCAUCUAUUGGUGAAGACAUCGAAGCCAAAAUACAAAUGUUGACCGAGGAUAAAGUAUUAUUGGCACACAAAUUGCUCAAUUUUACAGGAGCAUUAGCUGGUCGACAAGAUCAAUUAGAAACAGUAGCUGGAGAACGAGAUGUGUUACGGAGUAAAUUUUUAGCUGGCAGUUUAAUAAUAGAAGAUUUAUCUAAGUGGAAGACAUUUCUGUGUGACCGGGUAGAUAAAUUAGAAGCUUCAUUACUAACAGUACUGGACGAAAAUCGAAAAAAUAGACAUCUACUAAAAUCGGCACAUGAGAAUUUGAAGAUAUUACAAAAUUACUAUAAACUUGAAGUAUCGAAUAAACAAAAACUACUAGAUAGUACUACUAUAGCUGAAGAUAUCAACAGGAUAUCAUUAUUACUUAGAAAACAUUUAUUAACCCCUCAAAUUCAAGAACUCCAAGUACAUGCUGCUAUCCACCAGACGCAAGCUGAAUCUCAAGCUCAACAAAUAUUGAUACAGAAAAUGCCUAGAGAAAAAAUGAAUAAUGUUGAUGCAACAUGUAAUGCCAUAAUGGAAGCAUCACAAGCAUUAGAGUCUAAUAUUCAAUUAUGUUGUGGUCAUUGUACUGGAACUGUUAAACUUAUUUAAAAAACAUUAUUGUGUCUACCAAAUUUAAAAAAAUGUUUAAAAUGUUUAAAUAUUUUAUCACUUGUUUUAUAAGCUAGAAUAAAAAAUGUAUAAUUAUUUAUGUUGAUGUUUAAAAUUAAAUUAACUUUUUUUAUACACAUAAUAUGUUGUUUUAUCAAAUAGGCUAUGGAACAAAAUAUAUAAUAUUAUUAAUUAUUAUGGCAUAACUUGAAAACUGUUAAAAUAUAAAUAUUUGUUAUGAAAUUUUUUGUGUGUGAAUAUGACUUAUAUUAAUUAAAAGAAACUAACAAAA